CGCCGGAGAGGGAGGAGGUAGGGCGCGCAGUCCCAGCCAGAGCUUCAAAACAGCCCGGCGGCCUCGCCUCGCGCCCCAGCCCGUCCGUCUGUCCAGCCGCCCGCGCCGCCGCCAGCGCCCGAUCUGAACCUCUCUCUCACGCUCUUCAGCACAUCCCUCUCUGGACUUUGCACGUGACUUCUCGCCCCGCCCCGCCGCCCCGCCCCGUGACAAUGUUGGUGCUUCUGGCUUUCAUCAUCCUCUUCCACAUCACCUCCGCCGCCCUGCUGUUCAUCGCCACCAUCGACAAUGCCUGGUGGGUAGGAGAGGAGUUCUUUGCGGAUGUCUGGAGAGUGUGCCUCAACGCCACCAACUGCACGGAGGUCAACGACACCUUUGAAGGGUACACCACGCUGCAGGCCGUCCAGGCCACCAUGAUCCUGUCCACCACCCUCUGCUGCAUCGCCUUCCUCAUCUUCCUCUUCCAGCUCUUCCGCCUCAAGCAGGGGGAGCGGUUCGUCCUGACGUCCAUCAUCCAGCUCAUGUCCUGCCUGUGCGUCAUGAUUGCGGCUUCCAUCUAUACAGACAGGCGCGAAGAACUUCACAGCCAAAACCAGCAGUUCUACCCCGAGAGCUCGGGAGGCAGAUAUGGCUACUCCUUCAUCCUGGCGUGGGUGGCCUUCGCCUUCACCUUCGUCAGCGGCAUGAUGUACCUGAUACUGAGGAAGCGCAAGUAGAGCCGGUCGCCUUUGCUGCCGCACGGAACCCACAUUCAGAUAACCGUUUUGUAUAUAAUCAUAUUUUUUUUGUGGUUUUUCUAGCAAACAUAUUGUUUCCUUUAAAAGCCAAAAAAAAAAAAAACAAAAAAAGAAAAAGAAAGAAAAAAAAAGAAAAAAGAGAGAAGAGUUUUUGCAUUCUUGAGAUCAGAGGACGGACUGUGAAGCCGGCAUUCAGGGCCGCUGCCCGCUCGAAAGCCUCAGCAAGGCCAAGGCAAAAACCCAGCAACGCUCAAGUCCAGCAACGCUCAGCGGCGAGUUUCUUAGCCGCGGGGCGUGACGGGGUGAGACGAGAGACCGAGGAAGCCAGGUCUCUGCGGGGGGACAUCCUUCCUGUAGGUUUCGGCCGGGCCCCGCCUCACCUGAGCUUCCCUUCCCAAACCUGCCAGUGGUGGAAGGGGGGUGCGGAGGGGCCCAGGUGAGGGAUGACAGUCUCCCUAGGUGUUUAGCCCAAGUCGGGCCACAUGAGAAGCAGUGUCGCCCUGGCAUGCUGUCCCCAUCCAAACCAGAGCCCAAUCCUCUUGCAAACGGCUGGUCAGAAAAGACCCAUCCAAAUUUGCUGGCAGCAGCCACCUGCUGGCCUUGGGGACGGUGACCCUUAACCUGGGCGGCAGAUUUAGACUCCCCGUGAGGCAAAAAGUCUCACCACAUGAUGCCUUACAGCACCUUUUAAAAUGCAGGUGGCAGGGCCCCUCUGCAGACCUGCAGAAUCAGUCUUCAGGGAUGGAGCCCAGGAAUCCGCAUUUCUAACAUGCUCUUUGGGUGACGCUUAGAUGCUUUAGAGUUGGAGACCACGGUCCCUGCCUGGGCCAGGCGAGCAGAGCCGCCUCAUAAAUGCUCGAGAUCGUGUCACCCCGAGAUGGGGAGGUGGGUCCAGCCCCCAGAGCAGCAGCCUCGGCCUCCAUCACCACAGCUGUUUACAUCUGGGCCUCCCAGCUCCCGUCCCAGGCUGAGCCAACAGCCAGACAGCCGGGCUCAGAAGCCCUCUUGCUGCCCUGUGUUCUAAGGCUGCUGGCCUCUGACCCCUGUUUCUAGAGCCUCAGAGGGCCCACCCACCAUUCAUUCAUUCAUUCAUUCAUCAACGUAAUAAAUCCUGGCUGGCUCGCCAUGUGCCAGGCACAGGGGCCACCGUCUGGAGAUAAUCUCUCUCCUCUUGGGGGCUCAUAGCCUAGCAGAGGAGACAGAUUAAAAACCAGUUAGGAAAACUAACUGCACACUGAUGGAGUGUGCAAAGAACACCACCACGAAUUCGGAACAGAGGCCGCAAGCCCGGGAGGGGCGCUGCUUCGUGCGGCGGACCGUAAAGGCUCCUGGAGGCGGGCAGGCCGGCGCAGACGCGGCCCGCUCGGUGCGGCCGAUGCCGUUAGUGGGGCAGGGCCUGUCCGCCUCGCAUCCAGGAAACACGCCCGGGCGGGGGCUCACAGAGCCGGGCUCUCGGGCUUUAGGGGGGCCAGCGCCACUCGGGAGAGGCUGCCGCGGCAGCGCCUGGGUGGUUCCGAGGCUGGGCUGAGAAAUCGGGCUUUGGGGGGGCUUGUCUUUCGGGGCCGCCCCGGAAACGUUCUGCGAUAGAAGCUCUGUGCACCGCAGCGUCUUUCCCUGCUCGCGUUCUGAGCAUGGCGCUGCGAGGUGCCCGGGACGGGGGUGGGAGCCCGUGCUACGGAAACCCUUUUGCACUCCUGCCAAGUGGAGCGCGGGUUUGCCGCGCAGGCGUCUGGUUGCAGGCGCUCUAGGGCCGCCGAGAAUACCUCUUCAGUGCAGGAUUGGGUUUUUCCAUCCAUCCAUCCAUCCAUCCAUUCAUUCACUCAUUCAUUCAUUCAUUCGUGUCUUUUCAACAAAUAGUGUGACUGUUUAGUUUGUGAGGCACCACGCGAGGCUCUGAAAAUACAGGGGUGAGCAAACCCGGAUCCCCUCCCGGUCCGCCUGGAGUGUGCAGUCUCUGAGACAGGCCCUCCUCCCCAUGGCGAGGCCACCAGCCCGGUACAGGGUGACGUGGGGCCCGAGACGGGACGAAUGGCCACCUCCUGCCUCGAUGGAAAACCAUCGUUAGGCAUCUCGCUGUGAGCGAGAGCGUAGGUGCCACCCCGGAGCUUGCGGGAUGCGACGUGAGCCUCACGGGGAAGCUGGGUCUAAAGUUCCCUUGAAACUUUCUAUGAUUUUUUUGGUGGUCACAGCGGAAACAGACAGAACACCUUAGAACCAGAGAUCUGGAAGGCCUAGCCCCCAAGCCACGCACGAAUUCCCUUCACAGAAGCCUUCAGGGCUCCGCGAGUGCCUGGCUCGAAUGCCAUCUGACAUGACCCUGCGGCCGGCCGCCACUGAAUCCACGGCAUUCAGUGCCCACAUCCGGCCGUGACACAAGGUUUAUUAUUUGGGGACAUGAGCGAUGCCUCUUCCCCGCCGUGUGACAUGCAUCUAUCUGGGAAGACGGAAAGAGACGGUGACAGCAGGGAGAAGACUUCCCUCCUCCUCACCCACAGGUAGAUUCAGCCCCCACUGGUGCUUUGUCAUCAGUUGCUCAAGAACGACGAUGACCACGUUAGCCGAGACAUCCAGGAAGCGAAUGUCAGGACCAAACAGAACACUGACACCCACUGAAUCGGAAGGGACUGUAGUCUGCGCAUCUUACGACAUUUUUGCCAAGUACUGUGAUUCUUUCCUCGAGGGGCUGUGUGUGAUGGCGCUGGACUAACUCAUGUUGUUAUUCGCAUUAAAAUGAUUUUGGGUCUCUGUACAAGCGAGUCUGGAGCAUGCUUGAGUUGUCCGUCGCUCUGCGUGAACCCGGAGGCCUCCCGCUCCCACGCGCCCUGCCGCGGCCCGCGGCCCCGUGUGCGUGUCCCCGCGAACAGGCCGGGGUCCCGGGACGCUCUGCGUCCAGCGAAGGCGGAGGAGCCUGGAACUCCGAGCCUGCGUGUGCGCACGCUCAGCCCGGCGGCCUGCACAGAAGCUGUGUCGCAGUUUAAAACCUGUCUGGGCUGCGGCGGGGGUGCGGAUUUCUAAACCCGCUAACAGUUCAAAGGUCACGCGCAACAGUGCCAGUUGGACAAUUCUUUGGUGGCGGGGAAACUGUAGGGGAAGGCCUAGAGGUGAAUUUCGAAUCUUAGUUUGGGGGGCAAUUGGGAUUUCAGGGUAGUUAGACUCUUUCUACUUAAUGUGCCUUUAAAGCAGUCCAUUUUCUAUGUUUUGUAUAAUCUGAAACUGUACAUGAAAAAUAAAGCUUAAAACCAAAUU